GCACUCUUGAUAUAAAUCAUCGCCGGCUAAAAUCUCACUCUAUCAAACAGUCCUUUCAGUCGCGUCAGCCAGUCAGUGUCGGCGCAGAAAAUGUGGCUGGUGAUCGCGGCCUGCCUGGCCGUUUUCCAAGGGGCGAUUGGAGACCUCAGUUGCGCCUCCUGCAAGAAUUGGAAGGACGGUGUGCUGAACGUGCACAUUGUUCCGCACUCGCACGAUGACGUAGGCUGGCUGAAAACCGUCGACCAGUACUACUACGGCAGCAGACAGGGGAUUCAAAAUGCCGGCGUCCAGUACAUUCUGGACACCGUGGUCUCACAGUUGCUGCACGACCCUGCGAAGCGGUUUGUCCAGGUCGAGACAGCCUUCUUUUGGCAGUGGUGGCAAGAGCAAAACGACCACAUGCGCCACCAGGUCAAGCAGCUCGUCUCGAACGGACAGCUUGAGCUGCUUGGAGGUGGAUGGGUCAUGAACGACGAGGCUGUCACGCACUAUCAGGCAACAGUCGAUCAAUUCACGUGGGGAUUUAGAAGACUGAAUGACACCUUCGGCUCAUGCGGUGCGCCUCGGGCUGGCUGGCAAAUCGACCCGUUCGGCCACUCGCGCGAAACGGCCUCCCAAAUGGCCACAAUGGGCUUCGACGGCCUCUUCUUCGGCAGACUCGAUUAUGCAGACAAAACGCAGCGUCUGAAGAACAAAACGGCGGAGAUGGUGUGGCAAGGCAGCCCGCAAAAUCUCGGCAAGCCGGCUGAGCUGUUCACUCACGUCCUCUUCAACAACUACUCGCCUCCGCCUGGCUUUUGCUUUGAUCUUUUGUGUGGCGACGAGCCCUUCAUCGACAGCAAACACAGUCCCGACUACAAUGUGGAUAGGAGGGUCAAAGAGUUUGUCGACUACGCCAAAAAGCAGUCUGCUCACUACACGACAAACAACAUCAUCAUGACCAUGGGCGAAGAUUUUAAUUACCAGGAUGCCAAUGCUUGGUACAAAAACCUGGAUAAACUCAUCAAAUACGUCAAUGCCAAAAACCCAGACUUGAACCUGUUCUACUCUACCCCCACGUGCUAUCUCCAAGCAGUGAACUCUGCAAACGUGACGUGGUCCACCAAAGACGACGAUUUCUUCCCUUACCCAAGUGAUCAGCACUCGUACUGGACCGGUUACUUCACGUCCCGACCAACUCUGAAGUUCUUCGCCGCCCAGGGCAACAAUUUCCUGCAAGUCUGCAAACAGCUCUACGCUCUGACAGAGCUUGGACCUGAGGACUGGGCCGAUCUGACCGCAAUGAGGGAGGCGGUCGCGAUGAUGCAGCACCACGACGCAAUCACGGGCACGGAACAGCAGCACGUUGCUCAGGAUUAUGCCCUGCGCUUGAGUAGAGGAUUUGAUGAAUGCCAUUUUGCAACUGAAGCUGCAGUUACAAAAUUGUUGACUAUUAACUCUACGCAGCCCACACUGGACUUUGAGUCGUGCACCCAGUUGAACAUCAGCCAGUGUGCAACCACAGAGUCCUCUGACCAGUUUGUGGUGCUCGUCUUCAACCCUCUGUCCCGCUCUGUGUCCCACCAUGUCCGAAUUCCGGUCACCAUGUCUUCCUACAAGGUUUUCGAUACGAUUGGUGUUGAGGUCAAGGCCCAGAUGGUUCCUCUGCCGGAGCCAAUGCUGCGGCUGCCGGGCAGAGUGAGCCCUGCAAAGCAAGAGCUGGUGUUCAUUGCUGAAAAACUUCCACCUCUGGGCUAUACCACCUUCUACGUUCAGAAAUUGGCUGGAAAAUCCAUGCUCGCCUACGCUGAGAAAGGUCCUGAGAGGCUUACAUUGAAAAAUAAGUUCAUGGAGGUUUCUGUCAACGAGAUAACCGGAGACUUGUCUGAAAUCGUUGUUGACGGCGCUCAGCAAACAAUCGAUCAAUCAUUCUACUUCUACGAGGGUGCCGUCGGCGACAACGAAGAGGCGAAGAACCGCUCAUCAGGCGCCUACAUUUUCCGUCCGGCGGGAGAUGCAACAAAGGUUGCCAAGCAGGCCAAAACUGUCUCCUACAAGGGCCCCAUCGUCCAGGAACUGCAACAGACCUUUAGCCCUUGGGUCAGCCAGGUCGUUCGGCUUUAUGAGGAUGACCCCCAGCACCUUGAGCUCGAGUGGCUCGUGGGACCAAUCCCGAUUGAGGAUGGCAAAGGCAAAGAGGUGGUGAGCAGGCUGGCCAUCGACUGGAAAACGGACGGAAUCUUUUACACCGACUCCAACGGCAGGGAAAUGAUGACUCGCAAGCGGCGGGAAAAUCUGACCGAGCCGAUCGCGGGCAACUACUACCCCGUCACGACUGCUGCCCUUUUGGCGAGUGGAGAUCAGAUGUUGGCCGUUUUCCCCGACCGCGCUCAGGGUGCGUCCAGUCUUCGUGACGGAGAACUCGAGCUGAUGGUGCACAGGCGUCUGCUGAAGGACGAUGCUUUCGGGGUGAGCGAAGCCCUCAACGAGACCGCGUUUGGCGAAGGUUUGGUCGCCCGCGGUCGCCAUAUCGUGAAGCUCGGCUCGAGGAGUCUCAAAGCUGAACAGCGCCGACUGGCUCAGCAGCACAAUGUACUUCGACCCUGGCUGCUCUUUGCCCCGACUGAUUUGACGGCGAAGCAGUUUGCCAAGGCGUACAAAACAUCGUGGUCUGGGCUGUCCGCAGCUUUGCCUCCCAACGUCAACCUGCUAACUCUGGAACCGUGGAAGGGCCGCUCGCUGCUUCUCCGCCUCGAGCACCUGCAAAAUCGAGAUGACGAUGAAGUGCUCUCCAAGCCUGUUACUGUCUCGCUAAAAAGUUUGUUCUCUGGAUUCAACGUGACCGCCGCGAGAGAAACAAGUUUGGGUGCCAAUCGCUGGCUCAGCGACGUUAAGAGAAUGGAGUGGGAAAUCGACUCCAACGAAAUCGGCCUGGACAGCAACACCUUGGCUGGAGGCCUCGAUGACGAUUUCAAUGUUACCCUCACCCCCAUGCAAAUCAGAACCUUCAUCAUUGACGUCACUGCGAAAAAGGUUUAAUAAAGUUAAAAUGUUAUCAUCAACAAUUUUCAGUUUAAAUAAAAUUAAAAAAUAAAAA